UCGAGUAUUUUCGGCUAGGUUCGGCUGUCCGCCUCCGUGUUCGGCUAGAUUCGGCUGUCCGCCUCCGUGCUCGGCUGUGUUCGGCUAGGUUCGGCUGGGAGCUUCUGGGCUCGAGUGUGUUCGGCUAGGUUCGGCUGUGCGCCGCUGGACUCGGCUGCACUCGACUAAAUUCGGCUGGGAGCCUCUGUGCUUGUGUUACGCUGCAUUCGGCUGGACUCCUUUGGGCACCGUGGGCGCUUCGGGGAGAUGAGCCUGUGCUCGUAGAGGGCGUGAAAGCCGGAACUCCAUCUGACGGUACCGGCUCUCCAAAAGUGAGCAACAAGGCGCUCGGCCUCGAGUCAGAGGCUACCGGAGCACAGGGGCAUACAGGGUGCUGAGGCAGUCACUCUCAGGCACCCGUUGUGACGUCAUCUGUACGCGACAGUACACUGACCAGCCUUGGUUUCCACGUCUCAGGUUUCGCAAAGGCGCAUGGGAGCGACCUGGACGAAGGUGUGGCAAGAUGGCGGAAGCCGAGGAAUCGCCUGGAGAACAGGAGGCAGGGAUGCCGAGGCCUUUGUUUUCAGGCCUUUCUGAUAUAUCAAUUUCACAAGACAUUCCAGUAGAAGGAGAGAUUACCAUUCCCAUGAGAGCUCGUGCUCGAGAGCUUGACCACUCCACAUUAAAUGAAUCUGUUCGCCAUACCAUCAUGCGUGAUCUAAAAGCUGUGGGGAAGAAAUUUAUGCAUGUUUUAUAUCCAAGGAAAAGUAAUGCAUUGCUAAGAGAUUGGGAUUUGUGGGGCCCAUUAAUACUGUGUGUGACACUUGCAUUAAUGCUACAAAAGAGCUCUGUGGAUGGAGAAAAAGAUGGAGGACCACAAUUUGCAGAAGUUUUUGUCGUCGUUUGGUUUGGAGCGGUUACUAUUACACUCAAUUCAAAACUUCUUGGCGGCAACAUUUCUUUCUUUCAGAGCCUGUGCGUCCUUGGAUACUGUAUCCUUCCUUUGACUGUCGCAAUGCUGAUUUGCCGCCUGGUGCUUUUGGCAGGGCAGGGACCAAUAAACUUCAUGAUUCGGCUUUUUGUGGUAGUGGUGAUGUUCGCUUGGUCUGUUAUUGCAUCUACAGCCUUUCUUGCUGACAGCCAACCUCCAAACCGCAAGGCUCUUGCUGUGUAUCCAGUCUUUUUAUUCUAUUUUGUGAUCAGUUGGAUGAUACUCACAUUCACUCCAUAGUGAAUCUGGAUACAAGCACUGGAAACCAAUGAACUGAAAGCUCACCUGAAAGAACAGCUUACCAACAACUUCCCCUCUCCCUUGUUUAAUUCUUGAGGUAUUAAAAGGGAGCCCCAUAGCCCUGUUGUCAUUUAUAGAAGGAACUAAUAUUUGCAAAGCUGUCCUCUUUCUCUUAGUUAUUUCUUUCAAAUACAUGUGCAUACCACACAUAGUAAAAUGCCUCCUUAAGGCUUGAUGAAGUUACUGUGGUCUAUUAGGGUGACAGCCAGUGACUUGAGGAGCAAGUGGAUCCAUUCUGCAAAUUAAAAAGGGUUGGUGACCAUCUUCAGCUUGGAGAAUAUUUGUUCAGGUGCAGCUCUUAAACACAUUGCCUUAUGACUAUUAGAAUAUGCCUCGUUUCGUAAGUAGUAAUAGUCUGUAUCCAUUUUCUUUUUCUAUUCUCCCCAAAACUUAAGACGGCAAAGAAGGUUUAUAGAUGUGGGAGGAGAAAACAUGCAUUAACUAAUUUUCAGAUUUUGAUCAGCUGUAGUGCUAUACUUGGUUUGUUUUUUGUUUGUUUUUGAGCAAAUGACAUCUAAAGAAUCAGCUUUUAAAAAUAUUUUUGUAUAGUUGCCUUUCUGUCAUGUGUAACAGUACCUCGGCUAGUACUCUAGUUUGUAAUCUUUCCCCCAUUUAUAUUUUCCUAAAUAUACAAUGCUAGCAGUCAAACAUGCAACUUUCCUUUGACUGAAGUUCUCAGUGAUCCAGUGUUUGAGCUUUUCUAAGUAGCAGAAGACAGAAAUCUACUUCGGGGUUUAUAAUGCAUUUUGUCAUGUGGGCACUUUUCUUUUAAGGUAUAGGUUACAUAUUACAUAGCUAAAAGGACCUAUUCAUUAUUUUGUAUGGUCCAGCCUCAGAUUAUAAAUGAAGGCUACAUCAGAAGUGUGCAUUUAAUCAAAUGGACACAGAAUCUAGUGUUCUGAAGCCGGGGUAACAGAACGAUGUUUAUAUAACAUGACAAAGGGUAAGUUGAGUUUACAGCUGCUGCCUUUCCUGUAGUGGGCUCAGCAGUUUUUUUCCCCAUUAUAUAUGGAGUUUUGUUGUAUUUGUUUGUUUGUUUCUGGCUGGGAAAUAGCAAUUUAUUUUGUGUUUUAGACUUAAUUUGUAACCCUAGUUCGCUCCCCUUUAACAUAUGUACGUUUUGCACAUGCACCCACCUGUACUCUCAGAUGUUUCUGCACAUAAGUGUGAAGGCUUUUCAGGGAACAGAAUGUCUGAGACAGACUGAUUCUCAGCUAAACAGGACUCCUAUAAGGUAGUAAGAGCUGUUACCUUCUCUGUUUCAAUUGAAGAACUCUAAUAGACAAAAAUUAGGAGUCAGAGAACAUUCAUUGUAAAUAUGCAGUUACUUACAGAGAUAGAAAUUUCUUAUUUUGUGUGUUUUCUUUAUCAUAGAAUUUAAAUAUUUAUUGAUUUUAUAUUUAAAGACUACCUUCAUAUAAAUAUAUGAUUCUAAAAACGUAAUUUUUCCCAUUCUCAGAGUAACCAAAUGAGCAACACUAGGCCAAAUGGGUUCAUGGGAUGAGUUACAAAGCAUUACUGAGUUUAUCCUUGCUAUCCCAGCCUUGUCUAAAGGUUUGGCAGUAUAUAUUUGAAUUUAUUAUAAUUUAUCUUUUAAAUUAUAAGCCCUGUGAGGAUAAAUCUAGCAUUUCACUCUUGAGUUAGUAAAGAAAAAAUUUGAAACUGACCCUGAUUUUUGAGAUUUGUCAUAAAUUAUCUCUUUCCACCAGCUGAAAAAUUUUAAGCUUUCCACUGAAAUAUCUUUACUAAGUUUUUUUGUAAUCUUUUUUGUCCAAGUAAGUAUAAUAAGGAAGAAGUAACUACACUUCACAAAGGAGAUUGUCUCUACUGGAUUUUACUCAGGUGAAACAUUUACUCUGAAAUUCCUAAGGCCACACUUAAGGGCAUUUGGAGGGUUACACACAUUGGAUAUAAGGCAUCGUGAUCCUGUGGGUGUUAAUCUGUUGCUCUUGGGUAAUUUGAUGAAUGGAUUUUUAUAUAGUUGAAAUGUAGGACUGGGGGUGUAGUUCGGUGAUAGAGCAUUUGCCAGGCAUGCACAGUACUAUUGAUUCAGUCCUUGGCAUUGCCAAAAAAGUAGAUAAACUGGAGUAUUACUUUUUUUCUAGAUUUGAAUGAUCAGAGGGUAUAAUUAUUUUUAAUAUAUGCAAAAUGUCUGUUGCUUUCUGUGACAAGUGAAGACCUGAGCCUGGAAGUUGUAAUAUAGCUUUUCUUGGUUUGCUGCAAAGGCUCAUGGUUAAUUCUAGAAAUGAAGACUGAAAGGGCAGAAGCCUACAAAAGAGGAAGUCCUAUUCUAGGUUGGUGACAUUUUAUGUUUCUGGUGAAUUUCAAGCAGAAUGUGUGUGGGUAUCAUAGCCAGCUUGGAUGAUCACCUGCUGCUUCUACAUCUGAGACCAUGACACUGUUGUUACAUCGCUUAGCCAUAGGAAGGAUGAAGACUUGAUUUAAUUGGUACUCAGAUUACAAACACUCUUUAUCAGUGACACCAUAUUUAAAUGUUCUGAAUGGUUCUUGAAAGUCACCAUCAGAUAAGGACUUUUUUUUGUAUUUGUGUGUUUUGUUUGGAUUUUAGCCUCAAAGAUACAUAAGUAGAAUUUGAUCUUUUCAUUAUGUUGUGGGAUCUUCUUUUGUUGGGCAAAGUUAUGUACCACGAGAGUGGUAAUCAUUUCGCUGUUGACGCCAUGUUUUAUAAAUAGUACCCCCCAAAAAUGUGAUUAGAAGGCUAAGAAGCCUGUACUUGGAGAUAUAAUAUAGUCUGUUGACUUACUGUAUCUGAGAUGCCUGCUUUUUCCUGGAGAGGAAAAUGAAAAUUUGUCAGUUGUUACUUUUCUGUACUGUCGAGUCAUCCAUUGCAUGCUGAUAUUUUAGUCCAGUUUGAGCACUGAAGUGAUCCUUAACUAGACUGUCAGUUUCUGAGACAGUUGGAUGGAAGUAAAUGUAUGAAUGUUGAUGGAUCCAUGUAUGUAAAAUAGAGAUCCUUUUCUCGAGUCUGUGUGCUUUUGUUAUGAAUAUAGAACUGACAGGGACAAUAAUUUUAUGAUUAUUAAUGGCUAACAUUUAUUGGGCACUUACUCUAUACCAAUUUAGUAUUCUACCUUUAAAAGAACUUUUGUAAUAGCUUUAUUAAAGUACGCUUUACCAUGAAAUCUAGUUUUCAAAGUGUACAAUUCAGUGGUUCUUACUAUAUUUUGAGUUCCACAACUAUCACUGCUAUGGGAAUGUCUGUCUUUAUCACUACAGACAAACCAGUCACUCCUGUUCUCUAUUCACCUUCAGUUCCUGCAACUACUAGUCUACUUUCUGUCUGUUCAUCUGGUCAGCCACUGUUUGUAGUGCUUGCUCUAUUUCCUCCACACUAUUUCCUCCACUCUUCAACAUAAAGUAUUACAAUUCUCAUUUUACAGUAGAAAAUUGUGGCACAGAAAUUUAAUUGUCCAAGGCCAUGCAGGAAGUGAAUUUAUGGUAAGAAUACAUUAGAUGAGAUGCAGUUUGCAUUGUACUGUUAGGCACAUAAAAUAAAUACAUUCCUUCCUAGGGUGAGUCUCUUGUUACUAACCUUUGCACCCUAGAACUGACUGGAGAUAGAUUAUGUCUCGUUCUUUUUUUCAGAGUAAUGGAACUCUGGCAUCUGAGCACACAAAGCAGGCAGACUUAGAAAGAAAUAGAUUUGCUGCCUUUGAACCCUCUUUUCUCCUUCUCUUUUCACACACAAUCUAUGUUUCUCAAAGUUUGAAGAAUAAAAGAACUUUAAAAUUUCCCAUUACACACACACACACACACACACACACACACACACACACACAGUCUUUUUCUCAAAUUUGAAGACUCAACUGCUUUUACUUUUCCUAUGGAACACCUCUUUGGGUGUUUAUAGUAUAGUGAUGUAUCUGGUCACAUAGGGUACUGGGUAUAAGACUGAAGUCAUUUGAGAACUGAAUGCCUUCCCAUUUGGGUAAAUGUGGUGAGCAUAAAGACUUUGCCUUAAUGAAGUGUGUUCAUUUCUGGUCUUCUUUGGUACUCUACUUUAAUUCUGAUCUUUCCUAUGAACAAUAAACAUGUGCAAAGAAACCUGUAAAAUGGUUUGUAAAUGUUGUGUGUGUCAAUAAAAACACUGGAAAGGGGCAA